AUGGCGCCACAAGCCUAUAAUCCUAGUGCUGGGGAGGCUGAAGCAGACUUUCGCCUGUACACCCCCAUGUACAUUCUCUUCAGCUCUCUCUCUCUUAUUGUCCUGGUUCUAACUUCUUCCAUAGUCCUAAAGACAGUCAUCGACUUUCUGUCCUGGAAGACAGACAUUUCCAAUGUCGGCUGUGGAGCGCAGAGUUCCUUCCUCUAUGCUCUUGCUGAUGGGAGCAUUGCAACCAUUGGGCACGCGAGCCCUGAAGUCUAUGCCGCCCACUCCCACUGCUUCUGGGAGCUGCUGUCUCAGCCCUCAGUCUGGCUGAGCCAGAAGCAGAGGAUGCUUGUCUUGUGGGAGAUUAACCUGAGUGAAUUAGAGGAGAAGGAUGUUGAUGAGCUCAGCUCCAGCGGCUUGCGGUGCCCGACGUGCUUUGCUGUAAGGGGAAGACAAUGCGACACCGAGCUGAAAUGGUGUGCAACAGAUAAGCUCAAGUGUUUCGAGUUCUCCGGCAUCAUAAGAACAGGCAUCACCAACAUCUCCAUCGAAAUGAAGAAGUGCAUCCGAGCGGAGCUCUGCGGAGAGUCGCUCACUUCCUAUCUGGGCUUCCCAAUCACUAACGUGACCCGGAAGUGCGCCCCAGCUCUCAGGAGUGGGGCCGGGCCGUGGCCUCCACCUCGCCUCUUCUUCUUUCUCUUCCUGGGGGAGCUGCUGCACUGA